UCUACCACGUGGGGACGUUUGUGCAGAGGUAGCAAAACAUCCGCAGUGACGCUUCCCCUGGCUGUCAGUGAGCGUGAAUAAAACUUUGUUUCUGUUUCUUUGUGACAUUAAAAGAGUCUCAACACAGAACCGCGAAGGUUUAGCUACCAGCGUUACUUUUACUAGACCAUGCCCCACGACCCCGACCCUCCUCCGGCUAAAAGAUUCAAGCCGGGGUCUGUUUUUUUCCGUCUCGAUAAGAAUAAGCCUGGAAUGCUGCUGCCUAGAAAGGGGAAUGCAACCACUCCGAUAGAAGUCCAGAGAAAACAGCUUCCUAUUUACCAGGCCAAACCUCAGCUGUUGAACCAACUGAGACAGCUGAACAAUGCUAUUCUCAUAGGGGAGACUGGCUCUGGAAAGACCACUCAGAUCCCUCAGUACCUUUAUGAGGCUGGUAUAGGACGACAGGGCAUCGUUGCCAUCACUCAGCCCCGUCGAGUUGCUGCGAUCUCUCUGGCUGGAAGAGUGGCAGAGGAGAAGAGGACUCAGCUGGGCAAACUGGUUGGUUACACAGUACGUUUUGAAGAUGUCACCUCCUCUGAGACCAAGCUGAAGUUCAUGACAGAUGGCAUGCUCCUUCGUGAGGCCAUUGGAGACCCCUUACUGCUGCGCUACACUGUGGUGGUCCUGGAUGAGGCUCAUGAGCGGACCGUGCACACUGAUGUGCUGUUUGGUGUGGUAAAGACGGCUCAGCGGAGACGCAGAGAACUCAAUAAGAUCCCACUCAAGGUCAUAGUGAUGUCAGCCACCAUGGAUGUGGACUUGUUCUCUGAGUACUUCAACAAGUCACCUGUACUCUACCUGGAGGGCAGACAGCAUCCCAUUCAGAUCUACUACACCAAGCAGCCACAGUCGGACUACCUGCAGGCUGCACUCGUCUCCGUCUUCCAGAUCCAUCAGGAGGCACCUCCGUCCCAUGAUAUCUUAGUGUUCAUGACGGGUCAGGAGGAGAUCGAGGCUCUGGCCAGGACGUGUCGAGACAUCGCCAAGCAUCUCCCUGACGGCUGCGGGCCCAUGGUGGUCAUCCCGCUGUACGCGUCGCUGCCCCAGACGCAGCAGCUCCGGGUCUUCCAGCCCGCUCCAAAGGGAUGUAGGAAGGUCAUCCUCUCAACCAACAUUGCGGAAACGUCGGUCACAAUCUCUGGGAUUAAAUACGUCAUAGACACGGGAAUGGUGAAGGCCAAACGUUUCAAUCCUGACAGCGGGCUGGAGGUUCUGGCUGUGCAGCGGGUCUCUAAAGCUCAGGCGUGGCAGCGAGCGGGCCGAGCUGGCAGGGAGGACUCGGGCUCUUGCUAUCGUCUCUACACUGAACAAGAGUUUGACAACCUCAUUCCCAUGACUGUGCCUGAGAUCCAGAGGUGUAACUUGGCGGGUGUGAUGCUGCAGCUGAUGGCUCUGGGGGUUCCAGAUGUGAUGAAUUUUGACUUCAUGUCUAAGCCAUCCCCAGAGGCCGUGCGCUCUGCUGUGGAGCAUUUAGAGCUGCUGGGAGCUGUGGAAAGGAAGGAGGGCCAGGUCCUCCUCACCGCUCUGGGGAAGAAGAUGGCCAGUUUUCCUCUGGAGCCUAGAUACGCCAAGACCAUCCUGCUUUCCCCCGACUACUCCUGCUCAGAUGAGAUUCUUAGCAUCGUAUCUCUUCUCUCAGUGGAUACUGUGCUAUAUAACCCUCCUGCCCGGCGGGAUGAGGUGCUCGCUGCACGCAAGAAGUUCAGUUCUAGUGAAGGAGACCACAUGACCCUGCUCAACAUUUACAGAGCGUUCAAGAAAGUUAGCGGUAAUAAGGAGUGGUGUCGAGAGAACUUUGUCAACAGCAGGAACAUGGGUCUGGUGAAAGAGGUCCAGGGUCAGCUGAGAGAUAUCUGCCUUAAGCUGAAUAUGAAGCUGGAGUCGUGCGGGGCAGAGACGGGGAACGUUCGGCGCUGCCUUGCCCACGGGAUGUUUGUCAACGCUGCAGAGCUCCAACUUGACGGCAGUUACAUAGCUCUAGAUACCCACCAGCCUGUGGCCAUCCACCCCUCCUCUGUCCUUUUCCAGGGCAAGCCGGCGUACGUCAUCUUCAACGAGCUGCUUCACACGUCCCGCUGCUACAUGAGAGACCUGUGUUUGGUGGAUGCUGACUGGUUGCUGGACGCAGCGCCAGAAUACUUUGGACGCAAACUCCACUCAAGCAAGAGCUAACCCAGAGAGAAACAGGACUGAAGUAAAACUCUGCGAGGACGAAUCAGCAAGGGACAAAUUUGAACUGAGAAAAGUAUUUUAAAUGUGGAUAAGACACUUGAUUUUAAACAAGUGCAAAUCAGACUAGAACACACUCUGUGCAGUUAACUUCUCUGGAUCUCACUACCUCUCGGCUCACAAGCUUUUGGCAUGUGUCACUGCAGCAGAAUCUGCAACUUGAGGCCUCACAACUUUCAGAUUUUAUAAACUGUUUCUUCUGACUGACAAUAUUUUGUCUUGCAAUUUUGCAACCUGUUAACUCCUAAAAAAGUAUUUUUGAGAUGUCAUGCAUCAAUUUCCUCAACAUUUGCAUGCAUUCUAACAUCACAGAUGAAGUCACAGACUUUCAAAUGAGCAGUGUCUUGGGCUGGUAUAAGUUAUAUGUAUUCUUCUUGAAGAUCAGAACAGGCAUGCUAGAUUAACAUUCCUUAUAUAUUCAUUUAAAAGAAGGGACUUCAUUUCCAAGCAGCCUUACAAAGAUGUUUUCAGUUUCACUUUAUCUCUGAAUGUGAGCUGAAGCUUAGAAAAGAAGCCCUGAGUUGAUCAUUCACAUUAUGUAGGUUUUUAGGUUUCUACAAAGUGGAUGGUAGAUUUUUUUUUAAUCCAUGAAAAACAUUUAUUGGGAAAAACAAAGACAUUGAUCACCAAAGCUGUUAUUGAAAUAUGAUGGUUUACAUGUUAAAGUGACAUGGUUUCACAUCUUGUUUGCCUGUGCAUGCCUUCUUUUACAUCUCUAAUUGUAACACCAGGUCCCUGUACAUGCACAUCAGGAGAAGUCGCAUGCAUUAUUCUCCAGGUUUUACUCUUUGCUGUUGUAUGUUAUUCAUCCCUGACACACACUAACCAUCGAUGUAUGUUGACCACAGAUGUAUGCAAUGCACGCAGAUUAGAGUUAAUGAUUUGAUCUCUCAGGUCUUUCAUACUUUGUAGGAUCAUCAUCACACAGAGGACUGAGAUUGAUGCUCUUUUUGUCUCUUUGUUUUUUUGUUUUUUUUUACACUGGACUCAGGAUUGUACGAUACUUAAUGUAACCUGAAUAAAUGACAUAAAGAAUUUAUAACUUUUGAAAACAUUGAAAAUAUUUGCUGUGGAGGAUUAUCAGACUUUGCUAUAAAGAGGUUGUAUGUUUCACGUUUGAUGAUACAGCUCAUGAGCUUUAUAUAAGAUUUAUUUUUUAGCAUAAAGAAACUGUGGACUAUUACAGCUCUGCAUGUCAUGAAAUUUGGGCACUGAAAUGCACGCUUUUAAAUAAUCUUUAUAAUUAUGAUUAUUAGGAUUUGUUUUAGUCUUACACAACCAGUUUUGGUCAAAUUUAAUAAAAAAACUAUUAACUACCCCUGAGUUCAAGUUUUCACAAAGAAAAUAAAGAUUUAGAGUCCCAUAGUGGUGUGUUGAGCUAUAGAGCUUUUGCAACAUUUUAGACCUGAAUGUAUGUAAAUGAAGUGUUUGGGGUCUUUGAGUUAACAGGGAGCAAAGUAAUUUAAGGCUUUAGAUUGAAUUUAUGCCAAAAUAUUAUAAAUGGACAUUUUUACUCGUUAAA